AUGGAGAACUCUUUGAACGACUAUGGCCAGCUCACAAAAACCUGUUCCGAGUCACUCUGGAAGGCGUUGUGGGGGAUCGUUUACAGUGCUGUUCCAGAAUAUCACGACGUCUCAGAUGUCAAUAAGGCAGAAUUGACCAUCGUUGAGUCGCUGGUGGAACUUCCGUUGAAUGACAAUGUCAUUGCCGACGAGUUCCUAAAGCCAUAUUACGAAGCGUUCAUCGGUGUGGUGCCAAAAGACGACAACCAAAGAUUGUACAUUGAAAUGGCGUUUACGGCUGCAUUACAGAGGUUUGAAAAUGCUGCUGCUGCCACGAACCAACAAAAAGAAUCCCUGGAUGAUGAUAAUGAUCGUCAGCAGCGAAAAAUCGACAAUUUGAAACUCAAUUUUUACAGUGUAAUCAUUGAUUUUGCAAACUACUUGGUGAAUAAUGACAACCAUGAUGCCCAGAAUGAUUUGGGAUUCAUAUUGGUUUCCAACGUUAUCGAGCUAAAUACCAUUCGGUUUAUCAAAAAGUUCUGGUGUGUCUUGGAGACUAGACACGCCAAUUUGAUCAAGUUUCUUUCGUUCAACAAUGGGGAAUACAUGAAAAAAAGUGGGACACGUUCUUUGGUCAAUACCGUUAGAAAUCGGUACAUUGUUGGUUUAAGAAGACCAGGGGCCGAGUUAUCUGCAACGCUAAAGAAGUUGAUCCAAAGGAUGGAGAAUCCUAAAGACAGUGUUUUUGAAGAUGAUAGUUUAUUUUUAGGAAGGGUUUAUCUUUAUAUUUUCAGUACUUUUGCCAUCAAUGAUGACUUGUUUUCGGAUCACAAGUUCAAAUUCAACCGCGAUUUCAUUCGUGAUUUGAAAUCACAAAGAAAAUUUGGAGAUGUCCAUUUCUUUAGGUUCUGGCAGCUAAAGAAUUGGCUAAGUGACCCUAUUGACAGUGAGAAGAAUGCUUACUUGUUAAAGGACCAACGAGCGAUUGUCCUGGAGAUAAUCGACUCAUUUGAUAGAGACUCAGGGUUCAGAGAUAGUUAUAAGCAAGGUUCUGCCGAUGAAUUGAAAAACUUUGUGGAAAAUGGCGAUGCUAAAUUCGUUGACGAUUUUUACCACCAAGAACUCCACAAAGAAAAAAUGGAUUAUUACAGCGAUUCGCCGCUUCGUUUCAAUUCCGUUGGUCCACUAUACUCGUUUGCUACAUUUAGAAAACAAAAAUUUGAUGAUGUGCGGUUCCGUUUGGAAACCCUUGUCCAGAUUCUCAUCAUCACCGAAUAUAUGACCAACUUGGCCGAACGGUAUAAAAAAGAACGGUUUGACGAGGUGACAAAACUCACGAAUGGUUAUAAUGAAUAUAUCAAACAAUUACAGAAGCAAAGUGAAGAAAAUUCCCGAAUUCCUUUGAUUGCUCCAGUAGAAUGGACCAAAUUCAAAGGAAUCUAUUCCACUCUCCCAGCUCUGGGAAGAGAUUACGAUUAUUACUUGGGGAUUAGAAAAGCCAUCAAGGAAUUUUUCAACGAUCAUUGCGAAUCAUUAGGCUUCACCGUUGGCACCUGCUCAACCCAGAAUGAUGCCCAUUGGUUCUUUUGGAAAUUGCAUCAGUUUUCAAUUUUUAAUAUCACCCCAGACUUUGAAGUAUUCAAAAAACUGAUAGAAGACGUUAAAUUAUCACUAUCAAAAAGCAAUACUUUUGAAAAUCUGUUUGGUAUCAAGUUUGGUAACCGAAACUUGACAAAAAUAUUUUCUUCAAGACCACAAUUAUCCACCGCCUCACUGAAUUUGGAAACCAAUGAAUCCUUGAAACAGAAACUGAGCCAGGGUGAUAUCUCUGCUGAGUAUCAUAGUCUUGGAGUUUGGAAAAACUCAAGAUUGAAUCGUCAGAAACGGACGUGGUUGGCAAUGGAGGUUCCGGAGAUCUCCGAAGAGGAAAUCAUGCAAUUCAAAAACAAACUCUCCAAGAAUGAUAGAUUGCGACAACAACUUGAGGAAAUCAGACAAGCCAAUAAAUCUCUUAUGGAAACUGUCAGCAAAAAAUCUAAAACGAUUUACGUUUCGGUCAGCCGAGACGAUGAUGACCCCAAUACCGAUGAUCCAGAGAGUAUGACAGUAGGUGAAAAUACCGUUGAACAGUUAGACUAUUAG